AUAUCGAGCACACCAAAAAGUUGGUCGGAGCUCUUAAUUCAAGCAUCGAAGUCGCGAACUCGGGCAUCGAAGAGAUGAACUCCAAGAUGGAAGGCCUGAAAAAUGAUUGGGAUGAGAGGUGGGAAAUUUUAUGGGACACAAAAGAGAUGGUCAAGGAAAUGAGUCGACAAUUGAAAAGUGCGGACAGUCAAGCCUCCUACACGCCACCCCAGAUCUCACCGAGUCAGCUGACGUAUCCCCCGAACGGAAAGACCACGGAUAAUCGCGGGCAAGUGUUCAAGAGGAUGUUGAAUGUUUCACUAGAAGUUGCUUGCAAACCAAUUUCAAGAGAACAACCCCAUAAAAACCUUCAGAGCGAGCUGGCAAUCCUUAAAAAAGUUGGC